GAUAAGCUAAAUACACAGAACUGAAUAUAUAUAUUUGGGCCAGAGUAUUAAUGGAGAUCAUAUCGCACAAGAUCUUCUUGCGAAAUUACAGAUUUCUCUAUCAAAAUGAACAAGUGCUUGAUAUUCACUUUGAUCGUCAUGAUCGGUAUUACCGGCAUAAUGGCUGAGGGACCUGAAUGUUCUUCUUGGCUUGGAUAUUGUCAAGUCACCGAUCAAUGCUGUCGUGAUUUAGUGUGUAUGGGAUAUUUAGCGAAAUGUGUGCCCGGAAAAAUUGUUGAUGAUAACAGGCCUAAAGGAAAAGGACCUUUCCCUCCUGGAAAUUAAAACGAGAUUUGAUUUGUGAUUUUUUAUGAUACGAAUGAAAAUCAUUUAACGAUAAGAAUGAAAAUAAAUACGCAUAAUAAAUUUCAGAAAUGUAUAAUAUAUUGUUUUCAAAAUUUAUAAAGUAAAUGCUUCAUAUACGUGUACUAUUAAUGCAUUAUAUUCACGAGCUCGAUGGUAUGACUUUUAUUAAACAAUUUGCCCAUUAA